AUGCCAAAUAAACAACAACAAAAGAGUUCCAAGAGACAGAAUCAAAAAAAACAGCCUAAAUUAUAAAAAUCAAUAGAUGAUGAAGUAAACAGUGCUGCACAGAAACCUCAAUAAAUAAAAUUUAGAGAAUAAGAACAACAUUAAAUAUAAUAAUUCAUAAAUUCUAAUGAUGACUAUAAACUAUUACUGUUAACAGGGUAACCGGGAACAGGAAAAACUACUCUGAUUCAUCAAUGUUCUAAAUAAUGGAGAAUAAAGAAGUACAAAAUUAUCUAUACUAAUGCUAUGGGAUUUUAAAAUUAUAAAGAAGUUAUUUUAUAUCUAUCAAAAAAAUUGUAAUAUCGUAAUGUUAUUACUCAUCGAGACUUUGAAAAAAAAUUACAAAAGUAAACAUCAAAUAAACAGAUCAUAGUAUUCGAUGAAUUUGAAAACCUAUUUAAAGUAAACGAAGUUGAAGCAUUCUAAAUAUUUUAAUUAUCUAAAUAUGUACAUCUCAUAGGAAUUUGUAAUAAUAUUGGAUUCUUAAAUUUGAAAUCAAAUAAACAUUCAAUAAAAUUACCUCCUUAUUAGAAUAUCGUUUUUGAGCCUUAUACUUUGAUUUAAGUGUAGGAAUUGGUUAAAGACAUCCUUACCACAAAAAUGUCAAAGUAAAUAGAUCAAGAUUCUGUUAAGUUAACAAUAUCAAAAACUUACAACCAAAAAGGAGGAGAUAUGAGAUAAAUCCAAGAAGUUUUGAGUAGAAUAAUUAGAAAUGCUGAAGAGGGUUUGACAGAGGAUCAAGAAAUAAAUUUAAAUCAAGUUGAUUCUGAGAUGAAAGGAGUUGUUGAAACUUUAGCCUUCAAUUAAUAAUUAAUCAUAAUAGGGUUGAUGGUUUUGCUAAGAUAAAAUCCAAUUGAUUUAGAAAUUGAUAUGCAAGAUUUAAUAAGGAAAGUGAAUGAAAUUAAGUAUAGGAUGAAGCUUCAAUUAAAUGUAGAUUUAGAGGAGGAGAUAAUUCAAUUAAAGAAUUACAAUCUCUUUGACUUACGAGAGGUAACUCAAGAGUAAAUGAACUUUAAAGUCAAAGUAAAAAAGGUGAAAUCUAAAUUUACAUCUGAUGAAUUGAAAUAUUAAUUAUCUGAUCUUGAUGCUCUUAAAACAUUUUACAAUAAUUAUGAAUAUAUUUGA